UUCACUUGCCACCUCUUCCCACCACAUCCCAACUAUGGCUCUGUUUCUGCAGCUUCUGCCGCUGCUGCUCUUGAGGGCCCAAGGGGACCCGGGGGCUUCUCUGGAAGGUGUCCCUGGGGACCGCGUGAAUCUCUCCUGCGUAGGGGUUGCGCACCCCAUCCGCUGGGCCUGGGCACCCAGCUUCCCAGCCUGCAAGGGCCUGUCCAAAGGACGCCGCCCGAUCCUGUGGGCCUCGUCUAGCGGGGCCCCCACCGUGCCUUCCUUCCAGCCCUUCACCGGCCGCCUACGCUCCCUGGAUUCUGGUAUCCGGCGGCUGGAGCUCCUCUUGAGCGCCGGGGACUCGGGCAUUUUUUUCUGCAAGGGCCGCCACGAGGACGAGAGCCGUACGGUGCUUCACGUGCUGGGGGACAGGGCCGACUGCAGGAUCCCGGGGCCUACCCACGGGUCCGCGUAUCGCCAGCUCCUGAUCCCGCUGCUUGGCGCUGGGCUGGCGCUGGGACUGGGAGCGUUGGGCGUGGUCUGGUGGCUGCGCAGGCGCGCGCCCCCGCACCCGCUUCGACCAUUUCCCAGAUUUGCUCUGUCCCCCCCACAUAGCUCCACUCGUGAAAGCAGCCGAGCCCCAGAGGCCAGUAAAGGAGGAGGAGCCCAAGAUUCCUGGGGGCCUGGAUCAGGAGCCGGUAAGGUCUUGGGGAUGGGAAGGGGGCUGGCCAGAACCCCAGAGGAAAGUGGGUCAGUAAAAAGGCCUGGAUCCUAAGCGGGACUGCGGAGAGCAUCCUGCCUUCCUUCUCUUCCUCCUUCAGAGCCUUCUCUACGCUGACCUGGACUAUAUGGCUCUCAGAAGGCCCCGCCGGCUGUCCACAGUGGUCCCGGCUGAUGGCUCCACCAUCUAUGCGGUUGUAGUUUGA